AUGGCUCGGUCUAUUCCGUGUUCGUUAACCGGGUCGCUUGACGGCCGCGCACGCGUCGCAGCAUCGAGAACCGCAAUUCCGCCAGACGCCGCAGACCUCGCCGCGGCUCUUGCAGACCAAAUUGCUUUCGCCGCUCCUGUUGCCGACGCGGCUGCUAGCCUGGCAGACACGCCCCCCCCCGCUGCCGCCGCUGCUGCCGCUGCUGCUGCUUCGGGUGACCUGGGGGUGGGUGGAGGCGGAGGACGGUCGGAGGUGACGUGGCAAAUCGUGGUUGGUGCAAUCGCUGGCGUGAUCCCCUUCAUCGUGGCGUCCAUUGAGUUCGGCAAGCGCAUUGCGGCCCAGCGGCGCUGUGAGGCGUAUCAGGGCUCGGGGCUGCAGCUCGUGGGGCGCUUCUACCGCCGCUGCUCCGCGUGCG